AGGCAUUACAAGCACUUUCAUAUGACUGCAGAGAAAAGGCUUCGACCAGCCUGACUCUGAGGAAAGGAUUUCUGCUGCUGAAAUAUAAAAAAUAAAACAGCACAAAUGUCAACUAUCAAUGUCCGGGUUACAACAAUGGAUGCAGAACUGGAGUUUGCCAUCCUGCCAAGCACCACUGGCAAACAGCUUUUCGACCAGGUGGUGAAGACCAUCGGACUCAGAGAAACCUGGUUCUUCGGUCUUCAGUAUCAGGACAGCAAAGGCUUCUCCACCUGGCUGAAGAUGAACAAAAGAGUGACAGCUCAAGACGUGAAGAAGAACAACCCUCUGUUGAUCAAGUUCAGGGCCCGGUUUUACCCGGAGGAUGUUGCUGAGGAGUUGAUCCAAGAGGCAACGCAGCGCCUGUUCUUCCUGCAGGUGAAAGAGAGCAUCCUGAACGAUGACAUAUAUUGUCCACCUGAGACCGCAGUGCUGCUGGCGUCGUACGCAGUGCAGGUCAAACAUGGAGACUACAGCAGCUACUAUCACGUACCAGGAUACCUCGCCAAGGAGAAGCUGCUGCCACAGAGGGUUUUGGAGCAGCACAAGCUGAAUAACAAUCAGUGGGAGGAAAGAAUCCAGGUGUGGCAUGAAGAGCACAAGGGAAUGCUGAGGGAGGACGCCAUGCUGGAGUAUCUGAAAAUAGCCCAAGACCUGGAAAUGUAUGGAGUCAACUACUUUAACAUCAAGAACAAGAAAGGUUCUGAGCUGUGGCUGGGAGUGGAUGCACUGGGGCUCAACAUCUACGACAAGAAAGACAAGAUGACCCCAAAGAUUGGCUUCCCCUGGAGCGAGAUACGAAACAUCUCAUUCAAUGACAAGAAAUUUGUCAUCAAACCGAUUGACAAGAAAGCUCCGGACUUUGUUUUCUACGUGCCUCGUCUCCGCAUCAACAAACGCAUCCUGGCAUUGUGCAUGGGAAAUCAUGACCUGUACAUGCGCAGACGCAAACCCGACUCCAUCGAGGUGCAGCAGAUGAAGGCCCAGGCCAGAGAGGAGAAGAACAAGAGGCAAAUGGAAAGGGCUCUAUUGGAGAGUGAGAAAAAAAAGCGAGAAAACGCUGAGAAGGAAACAGAGAAGAUUGCCCGUGAGACCAUGGAGCUGAUGGAAAGAUUGAGACGGAUUGAAGAGCAGACAAAGAGAGCUCAGGAUGAGCUGGAGGAGCAGACCCGCAGAGCGCUGGAGCUGGAGAAGGAGAGGACGAUCGCUCAGGAGGAGGCAGAGCGUCUGGACAGCGACCGCAGAGCUGCAGUGGAGGCCAAGGCUGCCCUGCUGCAGCAUUCAGAGACCCAGAUCAAGAGCCAGGAAGGCCUGGCCACUGAGCUGGCUGAGCUUACCACUAAGAUCUCCCAGCUGGAAGAAGCCAAGAAGAAAAAGGACGAGGAGGCGCAGCAAUGGCAGAAAAGGGCCGUGAUGGUAGAGAAUGAUUUGGAGCGAACCAAAGAGGAGCUGAAGACUAAACUAAUGGGUGUCCAAAUCCAGAAUUCAAUCCAUCCCCACAUGCAAGAGCACGACGAGACGGAUGAGAGCAGCGCCGAGGCCAGCGCCGAGUUGACCUCUCCGGGCAUGGUCCGAGAUCGCAGCGAGGAGCAGAGGGUGACAGAGGCGCAGAAGAACCAGAGGCUGCAGAAGAACCUUAAGUUCCUGAGCACGGAGCUGGCCAGAGCCGUAGACGAGAGCAAGAAGACCCCCAAUGACCUGAUCCAUGCUGAGAACGUGAGGGCAGGCCGUGACAAAUACAAGACCCUGCGUCAGAUUCGCCAGGGCAACACGAAGCAGCGCAUUGAUGAGUUUGAGUCCAUGUAAGACAGUCAGGGUCAGAGCAGCAUUAGGAUGAACUGGAUAUUUUAGAUCAGUAGGAGCUGAUUAUUACCUGAAAAGAUGUCUUGAUGUAACCGAAUGUGAUAGUAAAUUAUUUAUUCAGUUCCCUGCAAUCUGAAAGCACAUCAAAGGUUCCACCCACAGUUGGAAACUGGGAUCUUUUUUCUCCUCCUUGUUUCCCUGAUGUCCUGGACACUCUGAUUAUGCACAGCUGCAUUUGUGAAAUGACCCCUCUGAAUGUUUCCCCAGUUUGGACUCAUUGAAAGCAUUGGAGCCAGUUGAGUUUAUAUCCCAAGUUCGCUGCUGCUUAUUUUAGAGAAUAAAAUGAACAGAAGCAAAU